AGCUGCUCCUCAGUCUCCCUCCUCCUCCUCCUUCUCCACACCUUCAGCAGGACCUCCAAACCCCCUUCAGCUCCGGCAUCUCCCUCUUCUUCCUUUAAUGGCGUCAAAAAUCCGCCUUAAAUCGAGUGUAGCGCGGCCGGGGUAUGGCGGCGGUGUUCGGCUGAGCGCUGAAUCAGACGCGAUGACUCCGGUACAGAGCGCGUUCCGCCUCCUGCGCCUCUCCCCGCACAUCAUCUAACCCCCCAGCCGCGUCCUCCUCCCACUAUUACCGCCGAGCUGCAGCUCUCAGCCGCUGGAGAACCGAGGAAACCAACAGCCGAGGCUGCUGGAGACCAGCGAGGCGUGUUUUCUCCACUGUAACCUGGUUCUGCUGCAGGCUCCUUCUUCAUCGUCUCUGAAGUGCUCCAGGGCCCAGCGAGAGCUGCUCUCAGCCCUGCCAUGUCCCCCCCAGCCUCGGCUGCGACCGCCAGUGAGAGCAGCACCACCACGGCCUACGAGGACGACACGGACAGCCCCAGAGAGGAGCAGAGUCCUCUGAAACAGUCCCUGAGUAAGUCCCUGUGCAGAGAAGCCUUCUGGAAAUGCCUCUUGCUGUCCAUGCUCAUGUACGGAUGCAUGGGGGCCAUGGUGUGGUGUCAUGUCACCAAAGUGACCCGGCUAAGCUUCGAUACUGGCAACAAGAGAAAUUUCAUGACAUACCACGAUAGCCCCUGCUCCGAUGGCUAUAUCUACAUCCCCUUAGCGUUCCUGGUCAUGCUGUAUGUGGUGUACCUGGUGGAGUGCUGGCACUGCCAUGCCAGGAAUGAGCUGCAGUACAAAGUAGAUGUGGAAGGAAUCUAUGAAAGAGUGCAGAGAAUGCAACAGUCCAAGCCCUGUAUCUGGUGGAAGGCCAUCAGCUACCAUUACGUGCGGCGAACACGGCAGGUGACACGCUACCGCAACGGCGAUGCCUACACCACUACUCAGGUGUACCACGAAAGGGUGAACACGCAUGUGGCUGAAGCAGAAUUCGACUACGGCCAUUGUGGGGUGAAGGACGUUUCCAAGCAGUUGGUUGGCUUGGAUAAGUCAGCGAUCACCAAACUGAGGUUCACUAAGUGCUUUAGCUUUGCUAAUGUGGAGUCUGAGAACUCCUACCUAACUCAGCGGGCGAGGUUCUUCACCGAUAACGAGGGUCUUGAUGAUUAUAUGGAGGCCCGUGAGGGGAUGCACCUGAAGAAUGUAGACUUCAAAGAGUACAUGAUUGCCUUCUCGAACCCUGACAACCACCCGUGGUACGUCUCGAACUACGUCUUUUGGACAGCCGCCUUCCUCACGUUCUCCUGGCCCUUGAGGGUUCUGACCGAGUACCGAACAGCGUACGUCCACUACAGAGUGGAGAAACUUUUUGGGGUCGACUACAUCCCGGUUACACCUUGUGAAGAACACCCGUACUGCAGACGCAUCCCUCGAGUGAACACCAUUGACAGCACUGAGCUUGAAUGGCACAUUCGCUCCAAUCAGCAGUUGGUGCCAAGCUACUCUGAAGCAGGUUUGAUGGACCUUGCUCAAUGUUCUGGAGGUUUUAGACAGAACUGCGAGCGCUGCCACCGUGCCAUCAGUAGCUCCUCCGUAUUCUCCCGUAGCGCUCUCAGCAUCUGCAACGGGAGCCCUCGCGUCCCGUUUAGCGGCAGCCGCUUCUCACUGGGGCGGCUGUACGGCUCACGCCGAAGCUGCUUCUGGAGGAGUGGAAGCGGCAGUCUGGACGAACCUGAAAGCCCCAGCGAGAACACCCGGUGCCUAUCCGGCCACAUUACUACUGCAGAGGAUGACCCUCCACCAUACCAAGAUGCCCUUUGCUUCCCCGUUCUCAUUGUCCACUGCAGUGAGAGCUGCCCCAACCACCGCUCCUUCCACAGAAAUGGCUCAUGUGUGGAGACCUCCUUAUGAGGUUCAUUGACUCGUAGCUGAUGGACAGAUGGACAGAAACAGGCGCAAAUCAAUGCGGAUAAAGAAUCCAGUGCUGAACUAAAAAAAAAGAAGAAGAAUUGCAUCUUGGAAAACAAGACAAAUCCUGUCUCUCAGGAAUCAUGGAGUCCAUGACCCAGUACUUGCAGCCUUCAGCCUGUCAAGGGAACGGUGCUUUGCUCUAAAGCAGACCCUGUUUGUGCUCAUGUUGAACUAAGAAUGUCCUCAACACUGUAUUUACCAAAACGGAAUCUGAAUACUCUACUUGUGUUUCCACGCUAGUCAUCACAUUUGUAGCAAUAAUCAAAAUACAUCAUUGUGUUUGUCUUUUGUUAGAAGUAAAAGUUUUUUUGUAUUUACAUUGUCCUUAUACAGAUACAGGAUUCUUACAAGAUGUUUGACGUUAAAUGUUGAAUUAGAGUACGAAUCUCGGGUCUCAGGUGAAGCCUGAGAGAGCACAGUUGGCCAUGCUAUGCUAUGCUCUGUCUGGGUGGGUAGAUGACACUCUUCCCUCAUUACUCCCAUUGAGAUGGCACAGGCUUCUGUUGGCUGAUAUAUCAGAGCUGGGGAUCUGAUGCUUUCCUCUGAGUGUGUUGGCUGCUCAGAGAUGCUGUGCUGGUGGAAGUUGAAAAGUUCCAAAAGAGGCAGUGGCUGACUUCACAUGUAUCAGAGGAGGCAUUUAAUUGGGAGAAAAUUGAUUUGAAAUUGAAAAAAAAUGUUGAUAUGGAGGACCAAGCCUUUAUUUACAAAGCUAAAAUCCUCUCAGUGUACUUGUACAAUGAACUGAGCAUUUAACUCCGACCCCAAAGUUUUAUCCUACCAAGCAACUGCAACUUUACUUUCCGACCAUAUUGCACUCAAGGUCACGUGAACCGAACCACCAGAAUUCAGCAAGAAUGUUAUCCAGUUUAUUUGCAAAAAGAUUUGAUGUACAGUAUAGUGUCAUAUUCCAUAGAACAAUAUUUGUGGUUUACACCCAUAUAAGAAAGACCACAUAUUGUAUACAAGAGAGAAUUGUCUGUUGUGAGUACUUUCAAUGUGAUGUAACUUGGUAAUGCACUAUCUAUGGUAUACUACUACAAACAUUCUGUCUAAUAAUAGUUCUGUAUGCUACACCAGAUAUUUACAACAGCUGAGAAAAAUAUUCUACAUUUCAGGCUAUGCAACAAUUAACCUCUGGUAUGGUAUGCCAUUCAGCUGUAUAUACAGUAUAACUUCAAAAGGAAUGUAUGACUGUUGUAUCUUUUUAUAAAUGCUUAUAUGUAGUCAUUGUAGUACUAGACCAACCCAAUAUCGGGUUUUGGUUGAAGACUGUUGAAUUGAAUUGUGAAGGUUUGGACUUUUUAAGCACAGGAACGUUUGGUGCACGUUUAUGAAGGAAGAUUUGCCGUUCUCAGUGGGUUUGUGAUUCUGCAGGAUGGAAAAUGGAAGUUUUUGGACAAGUGCAUUACAAAGCACAUAGCACACUACAAACUUUCUGCCCUUACAACACUGAAAUCAAGUGAUACCGUUUUGAACUGCCAUUUUAAUUUUAAUAUAUAACCCACACAGUAGUUAAGCUUUGUAUACUCUAUAGCAGGAACCUAUGGUAUACGACCAGUUCCACUUUUGUCACAAUUUAAAUUUGAUGUAAUAUGAAAACUAUGGGAUGGACUUCAGCUCCCGAGAUGCUAAACAUUCCAAAGGCAUUUUCCCAAAUUUAAAUAGAUUAUAUAUUAAGAUAUAUGAUAUAUAGACCUGUGGUUCUUUGCCUGUGGUGUCUAAAAGUAACCUGUUAAAGCUAUAUGGUGUUCUACAACUUUUUAAAUGGCCUAAAUAUAUGAUGUAUCACAAGUUUACUGAUUUGAAUGGGGAAGAAUACACAAUGUUGCCUUUAUGUAGCACACACACACACACAAUAAAACAUUGGUAUGAUGUCACGUAUGUUGACAGUAUACUCACUCAAUAAAUCAUUUGUGUACUCAUGUAUUGUUGAAGUGACUGACAUGUGAAAAGUAU